AUGUCAUAUGCAAUUGUAGAACAGAAGAAGCAAAAUGCCCCCAACACUCUUGGCGGUGCUGAAUUCUGUAUGUAUAAAAUAUCUACAGGGUGCAUGUAUAUAAAAAACGGUGUCCAUUUUGUUUCUAAAAUGCAUUAUUCAAACCUUUAGAAAUGUAUUGUCUUUAAUUUAUAUAGAUGCAUAAAUAUUAGCAUAAUAGUAUCAUCAGUUUAUGGGGCUAGCUCGCCACUGGUGUAUGAGGUAUUGGUAUAGCACACAAAAAGUUGUAGUUUCUAAGGUUUGAUGAAGAACUGAAACUUCAAUUUUGGAGUUAGUUGAUAAAAUUGGCGAUUUAUUUUGGUAUUGCAUCUCAAAAUUUUGAUUCUCCAAUCUAAUUCCCAUAAAAUAAUUGUUUUUCGUGGACAAAUUGAUCAAAUAUGAAAAGUAGCUUAUACAUGUUAGAAAAAUCGGAAUAAAUGCUUUAAAGUGAAUGUAUGCACAAAUGGCUAGCUGUAUUAUUCUUUUUCGAAAUUUAUGAUUGAAAGCAGAACCCCGUUUUUUAUAUCUGCAUGUAUAUUCUGGCACAUAUAAUAUUUGAUAUAUACACAUAUAUAUAUAAACGUUAACGUUGAAUUUUAAUAGAAAGCAAUUUCUUAAAAUUAUAUUUUGAAUUUCAGUUGUGUCAACGACAGAACAAGUUAUCCCGCCAAUACCAACGACAAUACCAACACCCAAGAAAGGUAAAUUGGACACAGAUACCACCACAGCAGAAAAAAAUAAAUCAUAAAUUCUUGCAUCUGUCUGAACACUGACAGUUAUUAGAUAUUGAAUUAGGUGUUAAUUUUUACUAUGCGCUGUUAAAUACUGCAGAUACACCUGCAUGCGUGGACCACUAUGUUGAAGUUAACUAGAAAUACAUGCAUGCAUGCAUGCAGAAACCCCUUGCUGUGCUAGCAAAACCACUAUAUUUUGCAAAUGAAGUAUAAAUAUUUGUCAUGGUAACAUGUACUUUUAAAAUUGAAAAACUCCCAGAAAAUAUCACUUUUAUUUACGAUAUUAUCAAUUUUCCAAAUAUAUUUUGUGUUUCCCAAAUAUAAUCUAUAAAUUAAUUUACUUUUGGGCGGCUUAGCGCCUCUUUGAAAAUUAAGAUCCAGACGGGUGCUGAAGCUCACCUAGUUUAAUAAUUCACUUAAUAAGGAAUAUUUCAUUGAUCACAAUCUUUGUAAAUUUGUUCAGUUUGCCUUUUAGGCAACGAUCAAUUUCUAGGGGACGGGAUUUAGCACCCCACCCCCACUUUUACUUUAGGAAGGAUGGACUAUUUGCACCCUAGCCGCCCAGCGCCCUGUUCCGCCGCCCGCCCGUGACUUGUAAAAGCUGCUUCCACAACUUUUGUGUAAAUCAGCUAACAGCUGUGCACACGCCAUGCACAUAGCUCCAUCACAACUUUAAGGCUUUCUUGUGCUGUAAUGUUUACUGGCUUUUAUCUGUCCUAAAUAGGAUUUGCGCCAUCAUAUCGCCCAAUAUUUGCACUACGGACAGAAAAUUAACAUUAACAUUGAUUGCGCUACUCCUCUUUCCAAAAUGUUUCCUAAACUUUUACUGCGUUUCAUUGCGGCGUAAUGAAUUCGCAAAACAUGAUUAUAUUGCCGAUCAGUUUUCUCUUUUUACUAAUAGGUUGUGAAGACAGUGACGAUGAUAGUGAUGAUGAUAGUGAUGAUAAUAGUGAUGAUGAUAGUGAUAAUGACAGUGAUGAAUAUAAUGAUUAUGAUUAUGAUUAUGAUUAUGAUUAGUGAUGAUGAUAGUGAUGAUGAUUAGUGAUGAUGAUAGUGAUGAUGAUAGGAAUGAAGAUAGUGAUGAUGAUUAGUGAUGAUAAUUGUAAUUAGUGAUCAUGAUAGCGGUGAUGAUAGUGAUGAUGAUAGUGGUGAUGGUAGUGAUAAUGACAGUGAUAAAGAUAAUGAUUAUGAUUAUGAUUAUGAUUAG